AUGGACGGAUUCAACGGCCAUCGCCCCUGUCGUUACCUGAUCUGGGGCAAGGGAGGAUGGGUUGCUGGUCAUCUCGAGUCGCUCCUCCGCCGCCAGAGCAAAGACGUCCAUGUUACCGGCACGCGCAUGGAGGACCAAAGCGAAGUUUGCAAAGUCCUCGAUAAUGUGAAGCCUACUCAUGUCAUCAACUGUGCGGGCAAAAACGGUCGUCCGAAUGUUGACUGGUGCGAAGACAACAAGAUCGAGACGAUCCAAGCAAACGUGCUAGGUACACUCACCUUGGCGAACGAGUGCUUCAAACGUGACAUCCAUAAUAUUGUCAUGGCGACGGGCUGCAUAUACGCCUCGGAUUAUACUCUGGACAAAACUCGUCUCACCAGCCAGCCAUUCAUCGAGACCGACCGUGCCAACUUCGAGGGCAGCUUUUACUCUUACGCAAAGUCUCGCGUUGAGGACAUCCUCAAGGUCUACCCCAACAUCCUAGUCCUGCGCCUUCGUAUGCCAGUCUCUGAUGACCUCCACCCACGCAACUUUGUCACCAAGAUCAUGCGCUAUGCUCAUGUAGUGAACGUGCCAAAUAGCAACAGCAUUCUACACGACUUGUUGCCCCUGAUCGUGCCGUUGGCAGAAAGCCGCGUGACGGGCGUACUGAACUUCACGAAUCCAGGCGCAAUCAGCCACAACGAGGUUUUGACGCUGUACAAGGAGAUUGUAGAUCCGUCCUAUAUGUGGAAGAACUUUACAUUGGACGAGCAAGCCAGGGUGAUAAAAGCGGACAGGAGCAACUGCGAGCUGGAUUGUUCGAAGUUGAUGGGGUUGGUGAAGGGGUUCCAGGGUCAAGGGUACGAUGUGAAUGUGCCGCGUAUCCACGAGGCAUACAGCAAUUGUUUCAUGCGGAUGAAGGAAGGGAUGCAGAUGCGCGAGGGUGCUACGAGCCCCGGAGCGUAG